AUGGAGGUGACCCCUUGCUCGACAAUCCGUUGGAAGGGCAAGAGGUUUGGCGGGCACCGAGCGAGAGAACCACAACCUCGCGAGCCUCGAGAACUUGCGGGAAGCCAGGCUGGAGCCAGGCUCAUUGAAGGCGAUAUGGCCAUCCUCGCCCAUGCCAGCCAGGAACAGGUCGAUGCCACCAGCAGCUUGUAUUUUGGCCUCGUACUCGACACACUCGGCCUCGAGGUUGGGGGCGUUCCCGUCGAGAAUGUGAGACCUACCCAAUGUCAGUCAGAGCCGGUAUCACCAGGGCUAGCGCCACUAUCUUACCUCGCCAGCUUUGUAUUUCUCAACGAGAGACUUGUAGACACCCAGUGGAGUGCUCCCCGUCGGGAGGCCAAGGACGAAGGGGUGAGCUGGUGUGGGGGCAAAGUGGUUGAUGCGGUCGACGAUGUAAGAGGCGACCACCAGGCCGGCGCCACCGUUUCCUGUGUGAGACUGGGGAUAGCAUCGGCCAUGAUACCAGAUAAGCUACCGGGCGUGCCGGGUGUCGAUGGACGAGGCGAUGGAGGCAUGGAGUCACAGAUGGAACACAGAGAGGGUUUCAUGGCUUGGGGUUCCGCCGAAUUCGGUCAUGGCAAGAGUGAAGCCAAAGAAAAGGGAAAGUCCCACGGGGCUACGGGCCGCAUGUGGAAGCCUGGGCACCUAAGGAAGGUACCCAAGGCUUGCAGUGCAUCGCACCGCCUGUUAAGUAAGGGUAGGUCGCGCCGCUGCCCCAUCCGCGCGCCUCCCGCUCCUGCACGGCGGCAUCCGGCAGGUUUCAUUUUUUCCGUGUCAGUCAUUUCACGGCCCGGUAGUGGAGAGUCUCUCGUUUCGGCCCUUAAGUCCCUCUUUCGCGGCAAGUCGUUUCUCAAGACAUUUCUUGCUUUCUGGACCACCCCCGUCGCCCCUGUCGUCCCCAUCAGUCCCCAAGAUGCCGGGGCCAAGGCCAACGCCGACCCCGCAGCCGACUUCCUCGCCGAGGCCGAGCACCUGCUACUGGGGCAUAUCGAAGCCGGCGGACUGAUGCAGUUUUCACGGAAACUGAAGCGCCAGUUCAGGGAACGCCUACGGUCGAAUCCGGAGUGCAUGCUGCCCUCGUACAACUCCCAACUACCUAGCGGCCAUGAAACCGGCCAAUAUCUCGCUCUCGACGUUGGUGGGUCGACACUCCGGGUGGCACUUGUGGAGCUCACGGGACGCGGGGUGUCAGGGCCGGAAGGCAGCAUCAUCCGGAUGGACUCGUUCAAGAUCGACAGUGACGCCAGGAAUUUGAGAGGAACCGAAUUCUUCGACUGGAUGGCCGAGAGGAUACACCGAACCGUGGCCAAGGACAGCGCCAGAGGCCAUAGCUCAGACCAUCCUCUCCUUCAUGGGAUUGGCCUGGAGUUUUCUCAUUGA